AUGAGAGUGUACAGCGACUACUGUCGGACGCGCUGGCGGCUGCCAGAGACGAGCUACAGCAACGAGAGCGAGGCCACGCUGGACUACGGCGGAUGGGAGGCAGAGUACGCCGGCCGCUGUCUCGCCAGCAGCAGCAGCAGCAAUAAUAGUCACUGUCUCUGGCUGGUGGCCGUCGACGAGCGCUACAGUGAGCUGCUCUCCGCUGGCAUCGAUAUAUCGCAGCGCGGACACAGCAGAGUGAACAUCGAGAUCCCCGAGCAGAUCCUGAGCCGGACGAGGCGGUUCAGGUUCGAUAUCAAAGGCUGUGACGGCGAUACGCACCAUGGCUACGGACAGAGGGCCAUCUCAUCGGACGAGUUUCGUGUCUCGACGUCGACGCGGAUAGCAGCUAGAGACGCAGAGGACGACCAGACGCUGACGGUAGGCAGCAAGACCGGCAUCGGGAUAGGCGUGGGACUCGCCGUUAUUGCCCUCGCGUCUCUCGGGUUCCUUCGUCUCUACCGUCGACGGCGACGAAGAAGGGAGAUCGACUCGUAUCUCGCGGCAUCGCGGCCAGAACAGCCAGAAGCAGCAACGUCAACAAUGGCAUCCCCAGAGACAAUAGCAGAGAUGCCGACGGAUAACGAGACUGUGAAGCAGUCCGUAUUCGAGAUGGGAGGCCAGGGACAGCAGCUUGGAGAGCUCCAGGGCUCUCUGGCCGCCAGCGAGAUGCCAGCCUCCUCCGCCCACCAACAGCCAGCAGCACCCGUCGAGCUCCCAGGCAGCAUCCCCAGAACGACAUAA